AGUUUGUUGUUAAACGCUGUAAAAGUUUGCUGUAAGAGUCUGUCUCCGUUCAGACAGGGCGCUACUAACUCAUUAAUGCGCGCGUCCACCCUUCUCCAGCAAAGGAAAUGAAGACGAAACUGCAGAGAAAGUACUUGAUUUUAAUCAUAGGGUACUCAGUGAUGCUUCUGUUCAUCCCCUACAUGCUGGAUUACGGUAAAACGGACCCCCGCUUUAAAUCUGGACUGCAGAAGCAGAGGUGCUCAGUUCUGGAGAACUCUAUGGGGAUGUGGAAUAUAGAAGAGAAAGCCAGCAACGAAACCGAUGUGGCGGAGGAAUACGGCAACAGAGGCAAGACGAAAACGUUCAUUUAUUUGCAUGCUACCUGGAGGACAGGCUCCUCUUUUUUAGGGGAAUUAUUCAACCAGCAUCCCGAUGUGUUUUAUUUGUACGAGCCGAUGUGGCACAUGUGGCAGACCCUGUACCCCGGGGAUGCGGAGAGCCUGCAAGGGGCACUGCGCGACAUGCUCGGCUCGCUUUUCCGAUGCGACUUCUCCGUCUUAAAACUGUACAUGGCGAGCCCGAACCUCACCACUGCGAGCAUAUUCGGCUGGAAAAAAAAUAAAGUGAUCUGUUCGGAGCCUCUGUGCUCCGCUUACAAAAAGGACGAAAUUGGGUUGAUAGACGAGGCGGUUUGCCAGAAGUGUCCAGCGAUGGACAUCAAGUCUCUGGAACGAGAGUGCAAAAAGUACCCCGUCAUCGUCAUCAAAGACGUGCGCGUUCUGGACCUCGGGGUUCUGGUGCCCCUGAUGCAGAACCCCUCUCUGAACCUGCAGGUCAUUCAGCUGUUCAGGGACCCCCGGGCAGUCCAUAACUCAAGGCUCAAAUCGAAACAGGCGCUGGUGCGAGAGAGCAUCCAGGUGCUGAGGAGCAAGCAGCGCGCGAAGCGGCUCGUAGUGCCCAACAGGUCGCAGCGCGCUGACAGUUACGUGUCCAGCGCCAUGGAGGUGAUUUGCGAAAGCUGGCUUAAAGACCUUCUGUUCAUCAGGAGUGCACCCCAAUGGGUGACGCGGAAUUACAUUCGCCUCCGCUACGAGGACCUCGUAUUGCAACCCGUUAAGCAAUUGCAGAGUCUGUUCCGCUUCUCCAACCUCACCCUCUUGCCAGCCAUUGGAGACUUUGUGCUGAAUAUGACCCAGGGUGAUAAAUACUCUUCGGAUAAACCCUUUCUGAUAUCUUCACGGGAUGCUAAAGAGGCCAUACACGCUUGGAGGGAGCGGUUGAGUGUGGAGCAGAUCCGUCAGGUGGAGGCUUAUUGCAGCGAGGUCAUGAGCCUGUUAGCGUAUCACUAAAUAAACACGGAGACAACGUAAACACUUCAAAGAAACAAAAGCAAGGAAAUGGACAUUCAAAAGAACAAAGUGCACAAGCUACUGUACGUCAAUCACUGAUUCACCCUGACAAGAGGUAGACAGAGGAGAAGAGCAAGUACAGGACAGCUGAAGAUUGCUCUACUGCCCUACUGCCCUGCACAACAGCCUGCGGAAAGGAACUUUCAAAUCAAACACUAUGUGCGGUUUUCAGAGUCCGUUUAGCAAAGGGUUGGCAAAUCCAGUCCUGGAGGGGGCAACCUACCACAGGUUUAAUAUAGCUGGGCCAGGUAUAUUUAAAAUGAUUAGAGACAGUACGUGGCUAGAGGAGCAACUGUUUCAAUUUAAACACUUAAGGACCUGAAGACCUGCCCUGGAAUAAGAAAGACUGCCUCCCCCUCCCUCUCCCCCUCCCUCUCCCUGUUUACAGCAACACGACUGCAUGCAGCAUUUCGACAAGGGAGUGUUUAAUCUUUUGUAAUCCGUUCUCUAGCCCUGAAGAGAGGGGGAGGGAAGGUGAUAAGAAUCACAGUACCUGGGGCACAGCUUUAUUCCAUGUAGGUGUUUUUUUGUUUUUGUCUUUUUUUUUUUCUGGCCAGCACAAGCAAAGCAAGGUUUUAAGCAGAAAAGGGCCAACCCUGUUUAUUUAUGUUUUAAACUUGCUAAAUGUAAAGUAAAUUGACACUGUCGUUGCAGGAAAGCAGUUAGCACAGAGCAAUGAAACCUUACGGCAGACCGACACACCAAACAUUGGACAGCAAGAUACUGAACUAGGAGCACCACCGCCACAGCUUACAAUGGCCCUAUAGUCUGUAGCUGUUAUUAUUAGAACAGCUGAAUAGAAGCACUGUUUGUCUCGGAUCAUAUUAAAAGCAGUAGCAAGGCAGCAUUUGCACAUGGGACAGCUCUGAAGGGGCAGAACUGAAAAGAGGACAAGCCGUAACAAAUUCAAAUGUGAAGCAAUACAAAAAAAUAUUCAUGUGCUCUAACUAAAAUGCUAUUUACUUCCACAAAAAGAAUGAUCCUAUUAUUGAAACUAAGCUAUUAGUCUAUUGUACUGUAUGUAGUAUAACACGAAGAGUCUUAUUUCAAAAUAAGAGUUGAUUUUAAUGUUUUAUCCACAAGUAGGAAAGAGUAUAGAACUAGGGCCAGACUGCUUGUGCUUUCAAAAUCAGCAACAGGCAAACUGACAUUUCAAGCUGUAAUUUACAUUAGCUCCCCCCCCCAAUAAAAGAGUAACACUGCAACAGAAACAUGUAGCAAGGGCUUGCGUAUACACAUGAUGUUACACAAUGGCACCCUGACAUGCAAGGGAUCUUGGGCAGUAUAUCAAAGCUGUUCCUGUUGCAGGUCAGGUUAAAUGAAGUUGGCCAGACUGCUAACCUGACAGACUCUGUUAGAUAAUAUGCACUCUGUUGGUACUUUUACAUCCUUUACAUACCAUCCCAGAUCCAUUUCCCACAGUAAAGGCACAGCAAAGUGUAAUAAAGCACAGUGAAAGCAUGGUAAAGCACAGGCAAGCAUUGUAAAUCCCAGAGAGGCAUAUUAAUAAACAUGGCAAAAACAUGUAACGAUGAGGAAAAGCAUGGCAAAACUGGAAUAAUACCAUGGCAAACUUUUCCAAGGCAUUCUGGAGAGCAGACUCUGGAAUUCCACACCCUAAGAGCUGGUUGUAAGGGACAGUCACAUAUUCCUUCAGAACAACUGAAACUCCUUGCAGACUCAGCUUGUCAAACCAGGACCUUUCUGCCUCUCUGGGAUUACCCUUUUGACAGUGUUGUGGCAGUUGUUUCUAAUGUUUUGGUUGAACCGGUACAGAAUCCUGACAUGUCUUGUUAUGUUUCAAGAGAGGAACAUGUAUUGAUGACUGCUGAGUAUUACACUGAAACGCAGGUUUUAAGUGUUCUCACUUUUCUAGAACCUGAAAUUGUGUGCAAAUGCAGAUUUUGUAGCAUUAAGAAAAUGGAACAAGCUACUUUUUCAGAAGGUAGGUUUUUCCAGUUCUGAUAACACAGAUCUGCAUUUCUUAAGAACCUAAACCAUGUGGGUGAUUCCAUUGCAGCACAGAACCCCACCUAUACAAAGUGGAGCUUAACCUCGAUUUUUUCUGGACAUGUUUUAAUGUACAAUAUAUUUUUUCUAAGUAACUGUAAACAGCACACUGUCAUGUAUGGACAUUAUUUAUUUAGUUAAAUCUUAAAUGUACUAUUUUUGUGGAGCAUGAAACCUUUAUCCUUUCCCAAAGACCUAUUGCACAUGAAAGGGAGAAUGAGAGACAGCCACGUCAGAUACCAUGUAUGCAUGUCAGAGAAGGAUAGAGCCUCCAAAGGGCAAAACCUCUUAUCAAUAAAAGCAAUGCCAUCAUGCAGCUCCUGUUUCUACGUGUCUGCUGUUAUCUUGGGUGCCCAGAACGUCUUUGUGCAAGAUUACUGCUGGAGGAAGCAGUGUGCACAGACCUACAGUGCACAAUUAAUGCCACAAGCGUCACUCAGCAAAUCACUUACUGUGCAACUUUUGGGGGCAAGUCAUUUGACAUCCUUGAGUUCACCUCUCUAUCACCUAAAAGUGCUUCGAAAAAAGGUCAGUGUCAUUCAUCCGUUUAAAGUGUUAUUGUAACAAUAACGUAGGAGCAGACUAUCUGUGAUCACAGCCUCUCCAGCUGGAAUACGUACAGCAUUAGAGGUUUCCAUUCUGUGAAACUUGGGCAUUUCUAUCCUUUCUAGGAUUUAAGGAUGAACUUUUCAAGUAUCAAAAGAACAAUAGCUUAAGACAAUAUUAACAUCAUUUCUAUUAAAUGGCGUCCCACAAGAAGUUACAUCCACGAUGCAGGAAUCUGUGCACCAAGAUUCUAGGUACCUCUAAUUACACAUAGUAAGGACAGUCAAUGUCUGUAAAAAAUGAAUUUGAUAUUUUUAUAUACAAAAGAUCGGGAUGACCAUGUAACAAGAGGAACCGUUUUGCCAUUGGCUUUAAUUGACAUUCCAAGUCCUGUUUCCUGGGAUUCGUCUGGUAAGUUACAGCUCUGAUUGAAUGCUCCCAUUGCACAGCAACAACACAACAAAGCAGUGUUCCAAUCAGUCAGCACUGAAGCUGGUCACACUCCAGCCCGGACUGAGAAAGAGCGACGUCAAUGUCAUUUCAGAAAAAAAAUUUCUGCAUGGGCUGGGGCACCCCCUCUGACCAUCUCACAGCCCCCAGUUUGUGAACCACUGAAACAGAGAAGGAGUUAAAAAAACAGCAUGGUGCUCCUCUGUGCAGUUUGGGCAUCUGGACUCCAGAUCAGAGAAACCAACAGGCACUAACUGGUACAUUUGCAAGCAAUCUAAAAGCAAUUCAAACCGAACAAUGCUAUACACUGGUAUUGUCACACCAGGUGUCCCGAUUACUGUUUGAAGGCAGUAUAUAUUAUGUAGAGGGUUUCUGAUUUUCUGCGUUUUACCCCGUCUUUCAAACUCACCUUUAAGAAUGCGGAACUGUAUUGACAUUAAGAUAAGUCGCUUCUGAUUUGAAAUACAAAGGUAAGACUUACAAUUUAAAAUGCCCAUUUAGUUGUUGUUUCAAUGGAAAAAACAUUAAUUAAAUCAAAUUUACUAUUAAACACUUUUCUCAUUUGUGAUUGAGAUGCACAAAUGACUUUUUAAAUUUUAAAGUAGAGAAGUUUGGGUAAAAACAGGCAGCCACCGAACACUUAGAAACCCAUUGUAACUCA